AUGGCAGCUCGUCGCAUCCAGUCGCCGCUGCGCGAUCUCGCCCGCAGCAUGCGUAGCGUGCGCAGCAGAUCAGAGCUUCCCGCUGCCUCCGCAAGCUGCUCUUCCGGUCCAUCUUCCGCCUCGCGCGCAUUUGCAUCGGCCGCCUCCUCGACCGCCUCUUCCUCCACCACUGCUGCUCCCGUUCCAUCAUCUCGCCCCUCGCUCCGCAGCGCCGACUCUCGCCCAUCGCCUGCACUAGGCACACGCAUCACCGGCGCCGACGUUCUCGCGCACCUCUCUGGCGUGUCGUCGGGUCUUUUGGACUCCAACGCCGAUCUCGCGCUUCGCGCCGUCACGCACGAGUCGUACCUCAACGCACGAGAGGGCCACAACCGCCGGCUCGCCUUCGUCGGCCGCAGAACGCUCAAGCUCUUCACCACGCUCUUCCUCCAUUCUCGCCUCCAGAGCCUCGCGCCCGGCGCCGCGCGCACCUACAUCAACCAUCUGCUCGAAUCGGCCUCCGCCGUGGACGCCAUCCUCUCCACCCACCGACUCGGCGACAAGGUGGGGCGCAAUCUCGCACUCGAGAGCGUCAUGCGCUGGACGCCUGCCGUUUCCGACGGUCAGAUGGGCCCGCGCGAGACGGGACUCUUCAAGGUGCGCGGCGUGGCGGUCGAGGCGAUCGUCGGCGCCAUCUACCAUCAGAACGGUGCCAUGGCUGCGUCGAGCUUCUUCCACUCGGCAGUGCUGCCCGAAUUGCUCCAGGACGGCUUCCCCGCACCCGUGCCACAAGAACUCAAAGACGGCAUCGUCCCCGACAAGUCGUGA